AUGUAAUCUACAUUGAUGCACCCAAGCAAGUCAGACUGAAUCUAUGAACCAAUGCCACGAAGUUUGUGGUUCAUUUGCCGCAGUACAAAUGUGUGUUAUAAUAUAACACUAGUUCCAUCAUAACCGUUUCACUGUCAACAGGAGAGGACGAAAUGAACUUCAGAGUGCAAGAUCUGCCGUACCUCUUCCUUGUUGCCUGCAGCAUUGUGCAUGUGGUUUACCUGCUACCUACUAUAACAGAUCUUACCUGUCCAAAGGACGGAUCAGAAAUUCUCAUCGAUGGAAUUGGAUUUGAAACUCAAUCCUUUCGAUUCCCUCCAACUGGGAGUGCUGGCUUUCCUAAGGGAUGGACUUGCAAUUGGAAGUUUAAAGCAGAACCUGGUUUACGACUUCUGCUGCAGUUAAUAGAUGUAACAGCUGUUGGAGAUGAUGAUGAAAUUAACAUAAUAAAUUCUGACGGAAGCGUUGAAGACACAGACACUGGACCAUUCUCCGAUGAUACUUUUGAGUAUUGGGUCGCCACUGAUGACUCCUUUACAGUACAGUUAAUUACAGACAAGGUGGGGAGCGAUGCAGAGAGAUUUCUCAUCAAUACCAUCGCAGGAAAGGAUUCAGGCACAUGUCCUGGUACUAAGACGAUAUCUGCAACAGACAAUGUUCAACUAUUGACCUCAAAUAACUUUCCAGACCCAUAUGAAAGCGAUGGAGUUUGUGAUGUAAAAAUAAUUGCUGACGAAGGGAAGUCUGUUCAUUAUCAAUUGACAUUUAACAAUGUGGAGAAUGAUUCCAGGCAGAAAAACCUAGGGGCUUGCAGAGAUGACUUUAAAAUAUUUGAUGGAUCUAUGAAGGAAAACAAACUCUAUGACAACUGUGCUUUAUUCCAUCCUGAAAACGGGGGUCAAAGUUCGGAGAGAGCUCUACGUAUCCUAUUCGCACCAGAUGGUUUUGAGCAGGAAACCGGGUUUCUAAUUCUCUUCAGCCAGAAAGAUAUAGACGAAUGUGCACAGGAAACUGAACCUUGUGACACCAACGCUGAAUGUUUCAACACUGACGGCUCCUUUCGCUGUGAAUGCAAGGAGGGAUUUAUCGGAGACGGGUUUCAAUGUGACCAAGUUACAACCACUACCACACCUACCACACCUACCACACCUAUCACACCUACCACACCUACCACACCUACCACCACAAAGGAUCCCAAACGACUUCCGCUAAUCCUGACCUCCCUCGGGACUGCUGCAGUCGCCAGUGGUGUUGGAUUGUUGGUUCUUCUGUUUGGCCUCAGUACCAACGGUUAAAUUAUGUAUUUCUGUGGCAGAAGUAGAUGGAAAUGUUUAUGAUUCUGCAAGAGUAAAAACCAAAAA